CCUCCCGAUGAUGUAACAAUCUCUUCGGGCAUGUUCACAGUCUCCGGGUGAAGUGGGUCGGCGGUGUGUUCGCGAAAGAUUUUCGUCUCUUCCGUCGGGAUCACUGUCUGCGGGCCGAAGAUUUCACUUUCCCAUCGUUAGACCUGCAGUGAGAGAUUUAUUGGAAACAAACCACAACUGAAGACGUGGGAACAGCAACAAGUGAACCAGCCCGAGGACUGAGAGCACCGACUGGAGAGAACCCAUCUGACUUGGAGAUUCCAGUGAUUCAAUCAGGAGAAAGUUGGUUAAAAAAUGACAAGCAAUUUGUCUACAGGAAUCUCAAACAGAACAUACCAGUUUUGCUGUCUCUAUCCAGAUAUUUAAGAAGUGGAGCAAGGGAUUCACUCGAUCAUCCUUCCCGCUCAGACUGUGGGGAGGGAUUCACUCGAUUAUCAUUCCCGCUCAGACUGUGGGGAGGGAUUCACUCGGUCAUCCUUCCCACUCAGACUGUGGGGAGGGAUUCACUCGAUCAUCUGACCAACUGGCAUGCCCGUUAUUUUGCAGAGGGUAGAUGCCAUUCAUCUGCUCAGACAGUGGCAAUGGAUUCACGCGGACAUUUCAACUGAAGGUGCAUCAGCAAGUUCACACUAGGACAAGGCCAUUCACCUAUUCUGUGUGUGAGAAGGGAUUUAGUCAGCGUUCCCACCUGUGGACACACCAGUCAGUUCGCUCUGGGCAGAAGUUGCUCAUCUGUUGAAUUUGUGGGGAAAGAUUCACUCGGUCAUCUGACAUAAUGGCUCAACAGCGAGUUGACACUGGGGAGCAGCCGUUCACCUGCUCAGACUGUGGGAAGGGAUUCACGUUGUCAGCUCAUCUGCAAGCACACCAGUCAUUUCACACUGGGGAGAGGUCACUCACCUGCUCAGACUGUGGGAAAAGAUUCACUUCAUCAUCUCAACUUAAGAUACAUCAGCGAGUUCACACUGGGGAGAGGCCGUUCACUUGCUCAGUCUGUGGGAAGAGAUUCACUCGGUCAUCUGACCUAAUGUCUCACCAGCGAGUUCACACUGGGGAGAGGCCGUUCACUUGCUCAGUCUGUGGGAAGAGAUUCACUCGGUCAUCUGACCUAAUGUCUCACCAGCGAGUUCACACUGGGGAGAGGCCGUUCACCUGCUUGGACUGUGGGAAAGGAUUCACUCAGUCAUCAGCACUGAAGGUACACCAGCGAGUUCACACUGGGGAGCGGCCGUUCACCUGUUCGGACUGCGGGAAGGGAUUCAGUUGCUCAUUUAAACUGUAGGUACAUCAAUGAGUUCACACUGGGGAGCGGCC